AAGCUCAAGCUCAUUGGUUUCCGUUCUCUAGAUACAGUAUGUUGGAGCCAUGUGGUAUUCCAAUCAGAGGUCGCACAACUGUCAUCCAAUAGCCGUCAUGUGCAUUCUGCUCCUAAGUAGACGAUCACGUGUGCUUACUUUAACUAUUGCGCCUGUGCGAUGAUUCUCAGACUUUCUCCUCCUCUUCCAAUACGUCUCGUUGGCAACUAAUCAUUGCGGGGUCCAGGCAUCGCAAUAAACGGAAGUUAAUAAUGUUUUAGCGCGCAGCCAUGCAGAGUUUGUCGGUCUCGACGACAGUCUUGGCUUCCACAACUCAUCCAACUAUUAUUUCCUUCGUUUGACUCCUACGUGACUCUACAGUGCAAAGCAGGCUUUGUUCUCUAUCAUCUAGAAAGUUCGCUUUCGCUCAGACUACAUAUAAUCACCACCAUCAUCUAUCAGCAUGUCCUGGAAACUUGGUAAGAGCAAGCCCAAGGCCAACGUCACCAGCCUGGCCAUCCAAGAUCUCCAGAUUUCUCCCCGUUCUACUACACCUACCCCGGGCAAUCCUAAUGGAAAGCCUAUGCCACGCUCGGGCAUUCUCGCGAUCAGAGUACUCUGGUCGGAGGGCUUGAACGUUCCUGGUGCUGUCCCACCUGCAGUACAAGCAGCGCUGUCAUCUCAGCAAGCCAAAGCUGCGGCCUCAGUGUCACCUUCGAGCGUAACUCAGCAUAGGCUGGCCAGUCACAAGAAGGGUACUAGAGAUAGCGUGCAACGUCAGCAAUGCUGGUGGCUUCCUUACCUCGUCAUGGAGUUUGAGGUCAAUCAGGUGCUGAUUACGCCUCUGGGAGGAGACAUGGAGAAGCCUUUGUAUAUGUAUGAGACCCAUUUCGAUGUAUCCAGAAACUCAGAGAUCUCGAUCCAAUGCUACCUGCGUACUGAGGAGCCCAAACGCGGAAGCGAUGGAAUCGCGGAUGAUAUGGGCAACGAUAUAUUCAUGGGCGGUGUGAGGUUCAAGCCCGACUUCGAUGACUUGCCCACUCAGGAUACGUGGUAUGAACUCGUUGGUGGUUCUGGCAAGAUCCAGAUUGGCCUGGCUUUCCAGCCCAAUAAUGGCCAAUCGUUGACGAUUGAUGACUUCGAGUUAAUCACCGUCAUUGGUAAGGGCAGCUUCGGCAAGGUCAUGCAAGUGCGCAAACGUGAUACAUCCCGCAUAUAUGCACUCAAGACCAUCCGAAAGCAACACAUCGUUGAACGAGGCGAGAUCACGCAUACACUCGCAGAACGUCUGGUCCUUGCUCGCGUCAACAAUCCUUUCAUCGUGCCCUUGAAGUUCAGUUUCCAGUCGGCACAAAAGCUGUACCUUGUAUUGGCCUUUGUCAAUGGCGGAGAGCUGUUCCAUCACUUACAACGCGAACAGCGUUUCGAUGAGGAACGUGCUCGAUUCUAUAGUGCCGAAUUGCUACUUGCUCUUGAACAUUUGCAUGAACUCGACGUUGUCUACCGUGAUCUGAAACCGGAGAACAUCCUGCUCGACUACACUGGCCAUAUCGCUUUGUGCGACUUCGGCCUGUGCAAGUUGAACAUGAAGGAUUCAGACACGACGAACACGUUCUGUGGUACACCUGAAUACCUUGCCCCUGAGAUUCUCUACAAUCAGGGAUACAGUGAGUACCAUAUUCACCAUGGUCAUGUUUUCACUAACAAUAUGCACGCAGGCAAGGUCAUAGACUGGUGGACGCUUGGUGUUCUCCUCUAUGAGAUGUUGUCUGGUCUCCCGCCUUUCUUUGAUGAGAACACCGACACCAUGUACCAGAAGAUUCUCAAUGAUCCUUUGGUAUUCGGUGACGAAAUCAGCCCACAAGCUCGAAGCAUCUUAAGCAAGCUCUUGGAUCGUGACCCCACCCGUCGUCUCGGUGUCAAUGGCGCAGACGAGAUCAAAAGUCACCCGUUCUUCUCUCAGAACAUCGACUUCGAUAAGCUCUUGCAAAAGAAGAUCCAGCCACCUUUCAAGCCGAGCGUCGCCAGUCCUGUGGACGUGUCUAACUUUGACACCGUGUUCACGGCCGAGCCUCCUACUGAUAGCGUUGUGGAAGGCUCUCAACUCUCGCAGACCGUUCAGGCACAAUUUGCUGGUGAGUCAUGCCAUAAUUGUGUAUGCUUGCAAAACCUGAGUUGUUUAUCCAUGACUAGGUUUCUCGUAUGACGGCACCAACAUGCCAAUCAGCCCAGUCUAAUUAUAUCUUCGCUCGUAUCUAUCCCGCAUCUAGAUUUUAAUCCGCUUGGAUUCAACGCCAUUUCACUCCUUCCUUGCUAUAAUGUUUUCCGCCAUCCCAUCGUUUGCCACUAUUGUACUCAUCCAUUCGUUUCUCGUCAUCAUCAUUCGGUUUACCAUAGGAACACCAUUCGUUUAUUCGUCCCGGUACAUACAUACAGACCACUUGGGUUCGUCGUCGCUGGUCGGAUUGGAUAACUUGUCGUAUAAUAUACCUCCAUCACAUUGAAUACCACCAUUCAUCGAAUACAUGUUUUCAAGAUCUCUGUGCGGCUGCUGCCCAUUCUACCUCCAGGAUCCCCAUGGAGAUCACGUCUUGCCAACCUCCAUCGAUCCAGACUCCUUUCCUCACCCGACCUUCUUCCACAAAUCCACUAUAUGCUAAAAAAUGAAAAAGAUUAAGCCUCGUCGACGUCUUCUUCUUUUCAUAUUAUACUUACACUCUCCGAUAUAACUGGAGAUACCCUUCAUCUGUUUCGAAUACAGUCAAACUCACUCGGUGAAGAGCCAAGGCUUUGAACGCGUGACCGAGAAUAAAUUCCAAGGCUUCCUCUCCGUAAGGCUUCCUCUCCGUAAUUGUCCCCGCGUUGAUAAGGUGCGAUGAUCAGCCCGAGGUGUCCAUCUCGAUUCUUCGCGCUACUCAUGGUUAUGUGCAUGUAUCCUACGAACUCUGUUCCACUGCCAGUGGUUGCAUGCACCAAUUUUAUGAAUAGCGACGUAUAUCAGUGCAUCGUC